AUGAUUGCUAUGAUCUGGAUAUCAUGUUGUUCAUAUGUACCGCUGUGCUCCGUCACAGGGCGUCCACAAGUGGCCUUCUCGGCUUCCAUAUCGACGCCGCCUCAGGAAAACCUGGGACCCUUUGCAAAUGAGACUAAACUAGUCUUGAACAAGGUCCUCACCAACAUCGGCGAUGCCUACAGUCCCGAUACAGGGGUCUUCACAGCGCCCGUGAAAGGCGUCUACUACUUCCGAUACACGGGGUACAGCCGGGCGAUGAAACCCAGCGGUCUCAGCAUAUUCCACGCCGGUCGGCGGGUGGUGUCCACGUACAAGUACAGCAACCAGGCCAGCUACGACAACGGACACUCCUCCAACGGCGUGACGCUGCUGCUGGCGGACGGAGACACGGUCCACAUGCAGCUGUGGGUCGACAGCUGGGUGUUUGUGGACCGUCGCUACAACUACUGCUCCUUCACCGGGUUUCUGCUGUUCCCUAUGUAACAUCGCCCCCCUCAGGAAGCUCGAAGACAGUGCAGCUUAAAUGUUUACCGUGGAUACCGCUGGAAUUGCUGCGACCCUCUAUUAAUUUAUUUGUCUCUUUAAUCAGAUUAGGCCGGCUGGUGCAGACUGAUAGCGAGGAUCAAUUGUUUUUAUGACGACAACUUAAAUAAAAGUGGCCCUUUUCACUCUUCCAUCGACCUGUUAUUU